AGAGAUACGGGAGCCGGUAGCGCCCAUACCGUGCGGCAGCAGCAGUGAUGGAGGGGGUGACGGUGGGCCAGGUAUUUGAUGCUGAGUGUAUCCUCAGCAAGCGGCAAAGGAAGGGAAAGUUCGAGUUUCUGGUGAAGUGGAGAGGCUGGUCUUCCAAGCACAACAGCUGGGAGCCUGAGGAGAACAUCUUGGACCCCAGGCUGCUGGCAGCUUUUCAUAAGAGGGAACAAGAGCGGGAACUUCUGUUCCAGAAGAAAGGAAAACGGCCCAGAGGACGACCCCGGAAGAUUCUGCCUCCACCUGCUGCCACCAAGGACAGUCGUUCCUCCUCUUCCUCUUCAGGCCUCUCAUCCGAGCCCUCCUCUUCCUCGGAGGAGGAUGAAGAUCACGUGAAGAAGGCCAAGCCAAGUCCUCGUCUCCACCCUGUCCCCCAGAAGCGGCCUCAGAUCCUGUUGGCUAAGCCCGACCCGCCCCGUAAGAAGAAGCGUGGGAGAAAGCCACUGCACCCAGACCUGAAGGCUCUACGGCAGGGGAAGACUCUUCCUCCUCCUCCUCCUCCCGCUCCACGCCACCACCAGUCAAUCAGAUCGCCCAGAGAUGAUCCGCGGUCCGGUGUGAAGAAGCCUCUGCAGCCGGCCAGCUUCACCUACACUGGGCUGAGCAGGAGCUCAAGAGAGGAGGGAACCUCCUCCUUUUCUCAGAGCUCCACCUCCAAACCUGGAUCCCUCAGCUGUAUCUGGACCAGCCGCUCUCUCUCCGCUUCCUCCUCCUCCCACAAUAAAGGCAGUCCAUCACAGAAGCCCUCUGAACUGCGACGCUCCGCCUCAGAAACAGGAAGCAGCAGAGCAGAUACCUUUAAAGCGUCUCCUCUGAAACCUGGCGGAGGUUCUGCGCCUCUCGGUCUGCACAGCAGCUUUGGAGGACAUGCGAUAGCAGCACAGCGCCCCCCGCUGGCCCACAGGAGGCAAGAUGGUGUGGGUGGUCAGUCUGGCCUGGUUCAACACAAGCAGCAGAACUCCAGUUUCUCCAAACAGUCACUCUCACCCACACCCAGAGAGCGAGCCAGUCAGGCGCUGAACCUACGAGCGCUGAACCUGCAGAGCGUCAGUAAGCUAACCGCAAGCGGCAGCCUACAGGGGGGUUCACGCAGCGGCGUUGGCAAAGGAACAACAGCAGGAGGGCAGCGCUCAGGGUCAGCACCAGGCACUGCUGUCGAACCUGGACGGAGCAGAAUACAGCCUGCAGGGGCCAGCAGGCAGGAGGAGCGCAAACACGGGCCGAGCUCUCAGAAUCGUAGCCUGAACGAACUCAGCACCGGGGAUUCGGACGUCACAAGCAGCAGCGAGUCGGAACAUGACGCCUCGUUGUUUCCUGGUGACAGCAGGCCGAGCAUUGGCAGCAACGCUCCUGAGUCAGACACAGAAACGGACUGGAGGCCGGCACGGAGCCUCAUGGAGCAUGUCUUUGUAACUGACGUCACAGCCAACUUCAUCACAGUGACGGUGAAGGAGUCUCCAACCAGCGUGGGAUUCUUCAGCUCCCAAAAUCACUAGAAGGAAACAGAAUUCGUGCUUCAGUCCAUCAACGGGAAGCUGCUACCACCACAGAAUCAACAUAUGGACAUAUGGACAGUUCCUGGAAAUAAACACUUUGGUCAGGUUUCUGGACUUUUGGAGGUGUCCGUUCUCCUCGGAUUGGCUGAUAUUUUGUUGCUGACAGCAGCUCUAGGUGGUGGAGGUACAACAGUGGUGAAGGAAACAUUUAUAAAAAGAGGGUUUCAUCAUGAGGUUACAAUAGAAAAUUAAAAAUAAGAGGUGCUUAAACUUCUCCUGGGUUUAUCUGACAACAGUCCAGCUCAUUGAAAAAUCCAUCAGUGUUUUUCUCAUCCUAUAUAUCCAGACUUACUACUCAGCAAAGCCUGAAACACACACUUUGGUUCUGUUAAACAUCCCCACUAUCGAGGACUGCUUACUGGUGUCAGGAUUGGAUCAGUCUGUGGCGUCGUUCUUUCAUAUUAUAAUGCUCAGUAUGUCAUCUGGAACGGUAUAAUGCAGUUAUCAGUUCAUGCCAGCAGGUGGAGUAGUUUUACAGAUUAGACACUAAAGCUGAGAAAUUCAUUCCAGCCUGUUAUGUUACUGUAUAUAAGCUGCAGCUGUAGCAUCAGUGAAUCUGAACAGUGUCAUCAAAUCAGCGCAGCAAGCCCUGAUCUUUACUGGUGCUUUCUUCUUUGGUUUGGCUUCUGUUUCUCAGGCUUGAGCUGGCAUUUUAAUGGCUGUUUUAACACUGUUUUAUAUCAGUUUCUGGCCUGUUUUCUUUCCUAGAGCCAGAAUCUGUGAAGGUGGUCUACACCACAUGUUCUUCAGGCUUUCUGUAGGUCUUACAAGGGCUUAUUCCAGAAGGUUCCCUUCAUGUCUGGUGGUUAGAUGGCCAGUACAGAUGAGCCCUGAUGCCCCUGAAACACGACACUGUCUAGUUUAAGGAUCGCCAGUAGUGCCAUUAUGAUAUUUGGUUGUAAAGCCAACACAUGCUGAUUUUUAUGCUGCAGCAGUGGGAAUAAAUCAGGGCAGCCUUUCGACAGUAGACGUCUGGGUCUACAUCUCUUAGAUUCCAGGUAAGUUUGCUCCUUCAGCAGUUCUUAGUUCAUGGUGUAUCAGUACAUUUUAUAUUGUAAUAAUUUUUUUUUUUCUGCACAGUGAAGAUAAAAUUGUUAUAAAAAUGCUCAAAUCUUACAUGUAAUUUAAUGGUGUUGGAUAUUCCUGUCUGAAAACCUCUAGAUCCACUCUGUUUCCACUUAUUUUGGUUCUUUCUUCCCGUUUGGGCCAGUUGACGAUUAAAAUGUGACCGGUUCUGACUCCUGCUCAGAGCAAAAAUAAUGCUUAUCUGCUGUUAGUUAUUUACUGGAAAUAUAUAAUCACAUUUGUACAAUCACAGUAGGCUAUCUGGCUGGUACAAGUUAAUGUGACCUUGAUCCAAAACAUCCUGCACCAGACUGCUCCAUUUUGACUUGAAAAAUUCUGCUAUGAAAUGACUAAAAUGGCAAAGGUACCAAAUAGCGAAGGGAUGAAAUGUCCAGGACCUGAUUUUUGAUGCGUUUUAGUGGUUCACUAGUCGCUCUCUCCGACUUCUGCUUACUGUAAGGCCAACGUUGUUCUGCUCGGUUUGAUUGUGCCCCGGCUUUUAUUUGAGUUAUUGAACCAGGAUAUUCUCAUACAGUCAUCACCAGUUGAAGUCAGUGAAUGUGUGUCACAGAUAACAUUUUGUGCUGAUUGUUGCAUAAUUUUAAACUAGAGAAAGUCUGAUGUACUUUUGAUCUGAUUCUGGUCAUCGGUGACAGAAACCUUUUGGCUCCUUACAAAUUGUAUCAAUUUUAAACACUGAACUUUUGAUGUACCUGGAAAAAUUGCUUUCUUUUCCUCUUCUAAAAAGAAUGUUUGAAACAGAUCCCAAAGAGGAGAAUAAUGGUAUUUUUAAAGCUUUCUGUAAUAACUUUAAGAAACACUGCUUGAGAUGACACUUCGUGCAGGGUUUUUAGGCAGGGUUUUAAAUUCCAAACGUUUUCUGCUGGAUUUGAAUCAGGAACCUACUAGAAGGAUCUAUCUCCAGUACAACCUCAGCCAUCAUUAACUAGUUGCAGUCUAUGUUGAAGUAGGUUUUAGUAAGAAUCGGGGAGGCAGACUCUCCAUCAGAUGGACAUUAACAACUCCUAUGCAGGUCCUCAGGUCUCAGCUGGACUCUCACUGCCACCUCUCAGCUUUUCCUGACAAUGUGUUCAAAACGUCCUGCUCUAGACUGUGGCUUUAUCCUGGACCUCACCAUUCUGUGUCUGAACUUUUCCUUAGAACUCCCAUCAGAGUUCUCUGUAUUCUGUUUUUGGACCAAAGGUGUAUUGAAUGUGAACUCUUUUGUUCUGAUUUGUCUUGUGGACAGUAUCUCCCGCACUAAGCACAGCAAAGAUGUAAGCUGACUGAAACGUCCCAGUAUCACUUAUACCAGUUUUGUACCAUUUGUAAUACAUCAUGGCAGUGUCUUUUGAAUUUGAAUUAUGUGUUAUUUAUACUUGUAAAUAUGUGUUUUUUUUUUCAUGAUGUGAUAUAUCUGAUAUGGAUCUGGUGCUCGUGUCGGCCGAUUAGCUGCAGAUUAUUGUAGCCUGUGUGCCUCUCUGCCGUCUGAAGGAUUUGGGAAAUAAAGCUUAACAGCUGGA